AUGACUAGUGAUUUGCUCAAAAGGCAUGUUUUGAUGAUAGAUAAUUAUGAUUCCUUUACUUGGAACUUAUAUCAAUAUCUCUAUCAAUCUCGUUUAUGUGGAAAAGUCGACGUCUAUCGUAAUGAUAAAAUUGAUAUAGCUACCAUUGAAAAUGAAAUCAAACCAGAUAUUAUCUUCAUAUCUCCGGGCCCUGGACAUCCAAGCACGGAUUCUGGUGUUUCAAGAGAUGUUAUUGACUAUUUCAAGGGCAAGUUGCCGAUAUUUGGUGUCUGUAUGGGAUUACAAUGUGUGUUUGAUGUAUUUGGUGGUGAUGUUUCUUAUGCCGGAGAAAUUGUUCAUGGUAAAACCACCACUAUAAAGCAUGACGGAAAGGGUAUGUUUGCCAAUGUGCCGCAAUCGGUUGCUGUUACCAGAUAUCAUUCGUUGGCUGGUACUCAACAAACUUUGCCUGAUAGUCUUGAGGUCACGGCUUCGACCGAAACGUCUCCUGAAAUUAUUAUGGGUGUCAGACACAAGGAAUACACAAUAGAAGGUGUGCAGUUUCAUCCGGAGUCCAUUUUAACCGAAUCUGGUCAGAUAAUGAUUGACAACUUAUUAUCUGUUCAAGGUGGUACUUGGAAAGAGAACGAUGCUUCCAGAGGUGCCGUUACGCCGGCCAGGAAGGAAAACAUAUUGGUGAAGAUCUUUGAACAGCGUAAGGAAGACUACAAAAUCAUUGAAAAGCUUCCAGGUAGAUCCUUUGAACAAUUACAGGUGUCAUUAUCGUUGUCGGUGGCGCCUAGCUUAAUCAAUUUCUACGAUCGGAUUAUCUACACGCAAAAAGAAUUGAAACAAACCAUUAUCUUGUCUGAGUUCAAGCGUGCUUCACCAUCUAAAGGCGAUAUCAAUAUCCAAGCUCAUCCUGGUAAGCAAGCCUUGACUUACGCCACUAAUGGAUGCUCAACCAUCUCGGUAUUAACCGAACCAAAAUGGUUCAAAGGCUCAUUAGAUGACAUGGCAUUAAUACGUCGUGUUAUCGACACUCCUACCCAGGAAAAUUACAAAAGACCUGCCGUCUUGAGGAAAGAGUUCAUCUUCAACAAGUACCAAAUCUUAGAAGCCCGUUUAGCUGGUGCCGAUACCGUCUUGUUGAUCGUCAAAAUGUUGCUGAACUCCCAAAUAUUACAAGAAUUGUACGAGUAUUCCUUGUCCUUAGGUAUGGUCCCAUUGGUGGAAGUCAAUGAUAAGUCUGAAUUAGAUUUAGCCGUCAAGCUUACUUACAAGGGUGACAACAAAGAACCUCUCAUAAUUGGGGUUAAUAACCGUAACUUGUCAACUUUUGACGUUGAUUUAGGAACCACCAGUUCCUUGGUUGAUGCUGCUAAAAACAAGAGUGGCAGAAAGGGCGAUGUGGUGGUCUUAGCAUUAUCUGGAAUAACUAAUGUUGAUGAUGUCAAAAAGUACAAAUACGAGGACAAUGUCGAUGGUUUUUUGAUAGGAGAAAGUUUAAUGAGGGCUGAAGAGCAAGGAAGAGCUGGUGACUUCUUGAAUGAAUUAUGUACUUGUUAG